AUGGCAAACUGCACCAUGAAGGAUGCUCGCAGCAUUCCUGGCACCAACACUCAGUAUAUGGUGGAGAAGAUCAUUCGAAUGUGAAUCUAUGAGUCCAGGUACUGGAAAGAAGAGUGCUUUGGGCUGACAGCUCAACAGGUAGUUGAUAAAGCCACAGAGUUAAGGUUUGUGGGUGGUAUGUCUGGUGGCCACAUGAAACCAGCUCCUUUCCUUUGCUUGACUCUGAAGAUGCUACAACUCCAACCUGAGAAGGAAAUCAUUGUGGAGUUUAUCCAAAAUGAAGACUUCAAGUAUGUCCGCCUGUUGUGUGCACUGUACCUCAGGCUGACAGGCACUGCCCUGGAUUGUGACAAGUAUUUGGAGCCUCUGUACAAUGACUACAGAAAAAUCAAGUGGCAGAACCGUAAUGGGGAGUUGGAACUGAUGCAUGUCGAUGAGUUUAUUGAGGAGUUGUUGCACAGUGAGAGGGUUUGUGAUGUCCUUCUGCUACAUCUCCAGAAACGUUCUGAGCUGCUUCAAGAAUGCCAGACACUAGCUAGAUGA